UUUAAACAUGAUUACAAGUUGAGAAAAGUUUUAUUUUCGAUACCUUUUUUUGUACAGUCAUUAUUUUUUCAAACUUGGCUUCACUGUCAUUUUAGUGCGGGCUAUAAUGUGGUAACCGUAUAUUUUCAAAAUCUUUUUUAGUUUUUCGGUUUUAGAGUAGUGAGAGGCCCGGAAUUGUGUGGACAGCAAACAUAGAGCUCGCAAACGGAUAACUGCAUUUUUAUCUGUAAUUACAAAUUGGAUCGGUUCUUGUGAUUCAAUAAAAUUUAUUUUAUACUUUGAACACAUUAAUGAAUACACUGUGAAAAUUUCAAAUCUAUUGAUCUUACCCGUUUCUGUUAAAAAAAUUCAUAAAAAUAGCCUUGAAAACAGCCUUCCGCAUGUAAUUCCUCUCUUAAGGAGCAGAAUCGCAAAGGCUGUUUGUGAUCGGCCACUGUGCGUUUUACCAUAUUCUUCGAUCGGUUGCACAUAUUUCCGAGCAACGAACGUUUUCAUAAGUAUUCGUGAACAAAUACAGCCGGUUGAAGUCGAUUCUGCGACGAUCAGUGACUCAAUCAAGAUCGCCGGAUGUGAAAGAAAGACCAAAGUUAGUAGAGAUCGAAAUAGUACUCGAUGAAUCAGACUGGAAGAAUUUGCACGAAUGACACCUGCGACUUCUUUGCCUCUCUGUUUCCAUUUUCUUUCCUUUUUCUUAUUUUCUUUUUAGAGCAGAGUACAGAAGGAUAAUUUUGUGGUUGCACGACAUCCAAGUUGCCCGUUGCAUCAUCGAGUUCCGGAUUGCGUUCUAAAAGAGCAAUGACCAACAUAUGUCAUUAUGCGAUCGUAUCGUCGAUCAGGUCGGGAUUCGUUCGAGAAAUCGCAUUGUUUGCUCCUCGCUUACGCACGCAUUAGCGAGCACGCGCUGGGUGCAGACAAAUGCGUUUCACGAGUGUGUGAGACGCUGGUUGGCUGACGGAAUUCAUAAUCUCCUUGCGAUGCGAGAUGUACGCGUGCGAGGCUGUAAAUAAUACCCGUUAUAGAUAGAAUGACCCGGGGGCAACACUGGCUGACGGACUUUGACAGCUUGGGGUCGCUAGUUCGCGGAGAGAGAGAGAGAGAGAGAGAGAGGGUGAGAGCAAGGGUGAGGACGAGAAAGAGAUGCCAGCUCGUUGCCGGUAUCAUCUGCCUUUCUUCUCCUUUUUUCACCACUUCUCUCCCUUCGACCUCUCUCCUCCCAGAUGCAUUUCACUCUCGUCGGCCACUUCUUUCCACAAGGAGAUAGACACUCGCGCCGACGUUGUCGAGAACAAUCGAUUCAGCAACGUCAAAUUGCAACCCCCCGUUGCUAACUGUCCGUGGUUCGAGUAAUUAAUCUCGAGUAGAGAUAGCACCGGUCUCUCAUCACGAUUCUGUGUUGCGUUCGCGCUGCGUUGCAGAUAUAAACCAAAGGAAAAAUCGUGAAUGAACUCUCGCCGAUGCUUUGGUUUAACUUUUAUUUAAAUCUGGUGUAAUUAAAAGAAACACUAUGUAGUUAUGAGCAACUUUGUUUUCCUAUUCUCGGCGCCUCGCGUACUUCGCCUUCGGAAUAGUUUUCGGUGAUCGUAGGAACAGUCGAGGGAUUGUGGCAAGCGAGUGGAAAUGCCAGCGGCAGUGGAAAACUCCGGUCUGAUAAGACGCGAAAACUGUUUGGCAAUAAUUUUAUCUCGUCGUCACGUGGCUAUGUGUGGUGUCAAAAAUUACGCUAACUCAGACGGAACAGCCGGGCAGCGCCGGCAGUUCCAGAUACGAAGAUCGUAUUGACGGCUGCGACUCGUCGCUAAGCAUCGUGUAAAACACGAAGCGUGUGAAUCAAAGUUAUUUUUAAAUAGGGAAGAUUAUCAAGUACGAACGAACCGUUCCAAAUUAACGCGAAGCACCGGUCCGUUCUUCGUCUCGAAGGGGUGACAGAUGAAAUUAAACUCGCUUUGCGAGUCUUGUUUGAGCAAGCUGCGUUCUAUUAACGCGACGAGCGAGAUUUAUGGCAUUUUACAGCUGUUUCAAUAUUUCUACUGCUGUCGAGAACAUCCCGUGAACGUCAGAAUACGAUGCGCUUCCGCUCGCCGGUGUUCCUGCUUAUCGUCUGCAUCGUCUCGACAACGGCACGGAGGCUACCAGAGGAGUGCGAUCAGGUUCUCGGCGACGGGCUAAUCUGGCAAUAUGACGUCAGGAGGCCGUAUCGGAGCGAUGGUUAUCAAGAGGUCGAAGCGGAGUACGGGCCAACGGAUGCGAAUAUCACCGGCAUAAGGAUCGACUCAUUAUCGAAGAGGGACAAUGACGCCGCGUGGGUGACGUCUGGUGGGAUUGGUCACAACUACGUGAAGCUCAAGUUCCGCUCCAAGAGAUCGCGGGGUCUUCACUACAGGGUCUGUCUCUACGGCUUGCGUCUGUCUACUCUGAUGCAAGCUCCUGCGUAGCACCUUUGAUAAAGACCUCAACAAUCUUACCGGAUCACCACCUCUCGUACGCGAGCAUCUCGUUCUGUCUGUUUCCACCUUUAGAUAUUUCAUCAUCUCCUGACAUGAACUAAGUUGAAACGAGUCUCAAAACUAUUAUGUGAAAAGAAAGACGUUUAUACAUAUCUUAAUAUGUUCUUACUAUAUUUUUUUACAUUAUUACAACUUACUAUAUGUGUGUGUGUGUGUAUGUAUGUGUGUGCGUGUGGAUAAUUGGGUUUAUUUCUACAUGUGAUGAUCCAUAGAAUGAUGAUAGAGAUGAUCGUAGAAAAAAGAAUCCUGUUAAAGUGUUGGAAUUUUCUGUUGCUGAGAGUCAGACGAUAACUCGAUCGUAAGAACAAAAAGAUGCUUACAAAAGAUUUUUAGUCAUUAAACUUGCUCUUAUCUCAACAGAGUUUUAAUACAACUGAAUGUUUUCGGCCACAGUCGCAGAGGUAUUGUUCUUCAUCAUUGAGUUCUCGUCCGGUCAUCAACUGACAAGGAAUAUCCGCGAAGUAUGUGUCUCUAAUUUCGACGAAACUUGACAUAUUCGUAGAGUAGCCAAAAAUAAGAGACAUAUCUUUUUAUCGGCAAUAGUUCAGAUCUAAAAGGUAAAACUGUCCCUCAAAGUUUUAUUCCUUUUAUCUCGAUAAUUGCUAAUUAAAAAAUGGGAAAAAACUUUUUAAACAAAAAUUGUACAGCAUAAAAAACUGUACAAUUUUUGCUUGAAAAGUUUUUUCUAUCUGCAAUAAUUAUCGAGAUAAAAGGGAUGAAACUUUGAGAGGCUGUUUCAUCCUUUAAACUUAAACUAUUACCGAUAAAAAAAUAUACAUAUGUCUCUUAUUUUUGGCGACUCUGUAAAUAUGCCAAGUUCCGUCAAAAUCGCAAAUACACACUUCGCGGAUAUUCCUUGUGAGAUCUUUUUCUCAUGUACUACAAUUUAUUGAAUUUAUAUCCUAAACUCCAAUGAAGUUUGCGAUUGUAACGUUCCAUUUUCACCGACGAAGAAGCUUUUAAGCUAGAAUUGUAGUAACAGGCGCAAUAGUUACGUGGAAAAGAAAUCUGUAAGCGCAUAUAGACAUGUUUAUGUAUGCUCAGCAGAAAUGAAUGGAUUAAAUAAUAAUAAUAACGUGCUUUCACGUAAGGUUAAUUGAGAUAAUUAUCUGUGUAAUAAAUUCGAACGAAAGGA